AUGUGUGAAGAUGAUUUGACAGAAUGUCUCUGCCAGAUGGUACUUUGCUUUGGAUGUUGUGUUCUUUGUAAGAAAUGUUGUUGUGAUGAUGGUGGUCAAAGUUCUCAACCACAACAGCAAACGGUGAUAGUUCCCCAACCGCCGCCUCAAGAUCCUUAUCAACAGCCCCCACCUAUGUACGAUCAAGGUCAGCAGUGGCAACAACAACCUGGUUAUCCACCCCAACAACCUGGAUAUUAUCCACCUCAACAGCCUGGAUAUUAUCCCCCACAACAACCUGGUUAUCCACCUCAAGGACAGCCAGGCUUUGUGGUUCAACAACAGCCAACAGCUCCUUGGCAAAAUCAACAACAACAACAAUAUUAA